AUGACAAUCUCUUUGAGUGAAGACCAAUUGCAACAGCUGCGUCAGCCGCUAGUGGAUCACAAACAAGAAAUCCAACAUUUGGAGUAUCUUCUUCCACGCAUCGUCGCAAAAAUCAUUGACUACGUCAAACCUGAUCCAGAAUCCAGCUUGGUGGUGCCACCAUGUCUCACGAAAUCUUGCGAAGGCAAGGAGACUCUUAGUGGAAGAGAACUCUACAAUGCUCUUACAUCAGUCCCAGGGAAGCUUGAUUUACCACUUAAAGGGUUUGGGACCCAGGUGGAGGAUGAAGCGAUGCUCCAGCCGGUUCUUGAUCAGAUCGAUUUGAUUUUGGACAACAGCGCCAAUACUUGGUCACUAGGGUUUCUUGAGAAAUUGUACGCUCUGACAAAUCCAAUCGGGGUGAUUGCUGAUUUGGUGCUUCUGGUGUUGAACACCAAUUCCCAUGUGUUUAGCGCCAGUCCGGUAUUGACGGUGAUUGAAAAAUUUGUUGGUCGGGAGUACGCCAAACUAUUUUAUGGGCAUGAUAGUGAAUAUUGCGGAGGAUUGACAUUCCCUGGAGGCAGUUGGUCCAAUGUCACCAGUCUUCAUAUGGCAAGGGCUCAUCUUUACCCCUCGACAAAGACAGAAGGAAAUUCGGCUCAUCGAUUUGCAAUUUUUACCUCGGUUGAUUCUCAUUACAGUAUUACCAAGGCGGCAAUGCUUUGUGGGUUUGGCACCGAUGCGGUGGUGGGGGUUCCGGUGACUGAGACAGGAGAGAUGAUUGUCGAGGCUUUGGAAUCGGAGAUUGUGAGGAUGAAGAAUGAUGGAUGGACACCGCUUUAUGUGAACGCCACUGCGGGGACCACGGUAUUUGGGUCGUUUGAUCCGAUCGAGGAGAUCUCGAUGGUGGCGCGGAAGCAUCGGUUAUGGCUACAUGUCGAUGGGUCACUUGGAGGGAAUUUCAUUUUUAGUGGCAAAGAUUUUACAAUGUUGGAAGGAGUUGGCAAAGCUGAUUCUAUCACGGCCAACCCUCACAAAUUGCUAGGAGUGCCGGCCACUUGCUCAUUUUUGUUGGUGAAAGACGAAAGAAUCUUCAAAAGUUGCAAUUCCUUGAAAGCAGAGUAUUUGUUCCAUGACGCCGGCGAUAAUUUUGAUUUGGCGAACGGUACCCUUGGGUGCGGUAGAAGGGCCGAUCUGUUGAAAUUUUACUUGAGUUGGUAUUAUUACGGGAAGUUGGGAUUUACCCAAAGAAUUGACCAUGCAAAAUACAUGGCAGACUAUUUUGCAAACAAGUUGGCGUCGAUGGCCAAUAUUUUUGAAGUGUUGAAUCUUGUGGAUGGCAGAGUUCCGGGGGUCCAAGUUUGCUUUUACAUGAAUCCGACAACAAGGGUCAUUGAUGAUUACACAAGAAUCACCAGGCAGGUAUGUGGCCGGUUCCACGCUGAGGGGAAAUACAUGAUUGAUUAUGCCCCAUUCCCCCAAGCAAAUAAGAAUAAUCCUAGGGCUAAGGGCGAGUUUUUCCGGGUGGUGUUCGUGAAUCCGAAGCUAUCGACAAAGUUUUUGGACCGCAUGGUGGAGGAUUUGUGCAGUUUUUGUGAGCUGGGGGAUGUGAUUAUGUAA